UCCUCGGCGCGCACGGUUUUCAGGUGGGUGUUCCUCUCUUUUUCUCUCUGCUUGCAGGGAGACAUUUUCGAUUAACGUAACCGUUUAAACAGUGGUUCAUGGAAAAUUCGGUGCUGUCCUGCGAAAUUAACGGAACUUACUCGAUGGUUUCCAUCGACGGUCCUGUCAUCGAAAAUUGGAUAAAAGUGGUGCAACGAUCGACCGGUAGCUUUGCAUCGAGACGUUGAGACAAAUUUAUCGAAACAGUGAUCGCGUCGAAGAAGACGUUUUUACGUGUAACGAAGGAUCUAGGGAUCGACGAUAGAGGUCCGAGUGGACCGAAUGACCGUGAGCACGAAAUCGGUCAGGUUCGGUGACGGAUCGACGAAAUUGAAAAUCUGACACUCGCAGUCGCCAACGGUGCAUCGAUCUAUCGACCGAAGUAAUCUCGUAACAGAUCGAUACGAUCGAUUCAUGUUACAAAACCGAUAACUUGGAGUCGAGCGCGAGAGAUUCAAGUGUUUCGUUGGUGCGUGAACCGAUAUCCUUAUGUAAACUGGCUAUUCGGGACGUUUUCCGUUUCUCGUAUACUGUCAAAACGAGCUGUCCAGUUUCGUCUUGUUUCGAGGAGGUACGCGCACAAGUGUCCGAAAGACUACAGAUCGCCGCAAUUUCCUCACCGAGCAGCGCGAUGACCGCCACGGGAAGUUUCUCUAGACAACGGCGAAAAAUCGAUCGAGCAGAGGAAACAUAAACGGUGGCAACGGUGACUCCUGAUCACCAAUUCAAGCGACAAAUUUGAUCCGAUAUUCGAGAUAUUAUCCUGCAUCGUUCACGCCCGAUAUGAGGGAAGAUGAACGAGACGAUGAACCAGAUUCCUGAAGGCUGAGAGCGAGCGGAUCCUCGACAUGACCGGCUGGAGAAUGCAGCCGCAUGUAUCGGCACUCGGCGUGAUCGCCAUUGUCUUCGUCAUGAUCACCAUCACGGCGUCAGAAGCAGAGAAUGGCGCCAUCGAGAACAGUAUCAAUCAUCCCAGAGUCGACGAGAAGGAUCGACGCCUGGAGGAGGACGAGAGGUUGGCAGGAAACGGUACCGUCGACAGGGAUUCUAUCGUUCCUACUCUUCAAAAUCGCUUCAACGAAACUGGCAGCGAGAUUACCGUAUCCGGAGACGAAGACGGAGACGGGGACGGGGACGGAGACGAAGACGAACACUCUCCGCGCGAUACAGAGAAUCGCGAUGAUCCGACGAACGUUUCGGUAUCCGAGUCGUUGGCUACUCCUGUGGCGCUCAACGGUAUUCACGACUCGCAAUCAGUCCACGGUCCCACGGGAACAGAACAAAAGAUAUUCGAACGCAAUAGCCUCGAAAAUCAGUCACAGGUAAUCGGCAUAGAUUACGGAACCUCGGCGCAGCCGAGUCGAGUUGAAAGCACAUCGACCACUCUAUGGGUGGAACAUUCGCUUCUACCGAAGAGAAACAACGACCUAGAUGCCGUUCGCGUGAAUGACAAAAGCCUAUCCAACGUCGUGGAUGUCCAAGUUGAUGGCUCAGGGCUGGAAAACGACGAAUCCGUCGGAUCCACGUCGAUUUCGAUCCUUCCAACGAUCGUGACGAUGACGAGCUCUACCCAGCAGAAGAACGCCGAGGACAUCAGGGCUAUCUCGUUUCAAGUGCCAUCGCCUGUUUUGGAAUCGGACGAACGGCAUCAGCGACGCGGUGGCAACGAGGAAUCGAGGAAAGAUUAUUCCAAAAUGCUGAACAAUCAUUUUCUACCUAGCGGAAAGUUCACCAAAGGUUUCUACGAGAUAAAGCCCUCGAUCAAAACCGAGAUUGAGAACGAUCGAGAUCGCGGUCGCAAUGGCAUGCUUCCGACUACAACUCAGAGAAUCUUACUCGCCAGAAAAUUCCUGGUGCCCACCGUUGACAGCGCCUUUGGCAAGUUCGGACCUUACUACGAAGACGGCGGACAGGAGGUGAACGUCUCCGCCAGGAUUGGAAGCACCAUGUUGUUGGACUGCAGAGUCGGCAUGCUCGGCAACAAAGAGGUGGUGUGGUUGCAACAACACAGCAACGACUCUUUCAGACUGCUCACCGUCGGCAAGACCACCUACAGCGUGGAUCAGAGGAUUAGUCUGGAAUUCAGGUAUCCGAGCAAUUAUAGACUGCAAAUUCAGUAUGCGACCCCGAGGGACUCAGGACUCUACAAGUGCCAAGUCUCGACGCAUCCGCCUUUGGUUAAAAACAUUAACGUGAUCGUCACAGCGCCGGAAUUAACAAUAACGGACGAUUCCGGGCGAAUAGUGCCUAAAGAAAGACACCUGAAGGCAGGAAGUGCUCUGAAACUCAAGUGCGAAGCCAGAGAUGUCCUCGAAGUCCUCAAGGAGUCCGUAAUUUGGACUAGAGGAGAUGAAACGCUCACCGAAGACGUUAGCGAGAACAGGACAACGGAGAUUACGGCUGGUAAGGAGGUCCUCGUGAUCGUCAGCACCCUGAUCGUCGAGAAAGCUACCCCUAGGCACGCUGGCAACUACACCUGCGUGGUACCCGGAAAGGCCAACACGACUAUCGCGGUCCACGUACUCAACGGUGAACUGCCGGCCGCUGUGCACGAUGGAAACGGAGUUUCCAAGGCAUUUCUGAACCUGUGGCUAAUUCACUUAACGAUGAGCUACGUGUUCUCCAGAUGACAAUAUUAAGGUUAUUUACUUCUCAACAGCGCAGCAUCAAGCCAGCGCCGAGGAUACAGACGCGACACCAGCAAUCUGAAUUCAAUUUCGGGAGAACGCGGCGCGGCGGGUCAUGCGUGAACAAGAGCAACACCACCGUAGCUGCGUAUCAUCCGUGAGAUUAACCGAACUUGGAUUAAGCAUCGGUGUGUUUCAUCGCUCGACCAUGAUCACCCGUGGACCGAUCGAUCCACCCACGCGAGAUCUGGUGAAUUAUUUUUACCUUUCUUAACAUCCUCUCUUUGAUCGAUCGGUAACGCAUCCUCGAUGCACUCGCUGAUCGCUCCAACGACAAGAGAUCUACAGCGGAUCUUGAACGGAUUCUACGCGAAAAGAAUCGCUUCUUUUCGUCGAGGGUCGAUCGCCGUUAUAAAGUGGGCCAUUAUUGUACAGUAUAAUUUAGCUGGACACGCCUUAGAGCGCGUGCGGUUCUUCGAGAAUAAACUUAUCGUUAGUGUCCGUUGUCACGAUGACGUAUUGUCCCUACGAGGAUCGAAGGACACGCUGGCAGUAAAACCAGUGGAAACGGGAUUCGCGAUCAUAUUCGAUCGAGAAUAUUUGAUGGAGUUUUAUCGUCCGUUUGGAGAGAAAAGGACAAGCUCGGUUACAUUGGGAACGUUGGCUGAAGAAGAAAAAUGUAGUCUUACGACCGAACACCGUUUCCACGAAGAUUAUUCGUAGUUCUGUUACUCUUUGUCUAGACUAACUCUAGACGAAGGAUAUUAUUAAAAUAUUUUUUUUUUUACAUCUGAUUUUCCCAUGCACUUUUAUUUAGACAUUGACAAAUCACUUAUAAACUAACACCGACAGACGUAUGUAUAAUAAUUAGGUAAAUCAAUUUUUUUUUCACAUAUCCAAACAGAACGUUAUCUGACUUUGCGCAAAAAUAAUUGGCACCAAAAGUAAAGGCAAAGAAAUUUUCUGUAAAAGAAAAAGAAA